UUCAAGAAGAAUGUCAACCGCGCGACGACGCAGGUGAUGAUGAAGACGGGGCAUGUGGAGAAGACGAACGACCGAGACUACGAGGUUGAGGAAAGACGAUUCAGAACCAUGGAGGCCGCAUCGUUACGGCUGCAGAAGGAGGCGAAGGGAUACCUUGAUUCGUUGCGAGCCAUGACGGCGUCCCAGAUGCGCAUCGCCGAGACGAUAGAUGCGUUCUACGGCGACUCGGGCGCCAAGGACGGCGUGAGCAGGAGUUACAAGCAGGCCGUGGAGGAUCUCGACGCCGAGACGAUCAAGGCGCUCGACGGACCGUACCAACAAGCCGUCCUCGAACCCAUCUCCCGUUUCUGCGCAUACUUUCCCGACGUAAACGAGUGCAUUAAGAAGCGCGGCCACAAGCUCCUCGACUACGACGCCCUCCGCGCCAAGGUCAAGAAGCUGGUCGAGAAGCCCGACAAGGACGUGACGAAGCUGCCGCGCGCCGAGAAGGAGAUGGAGAUGGCCAAGGCGGCGUACGAGCAGCUCAACGAGCAGCUGUCGACGGAGCUGCCGCAGCUCAUCGACCUGCGCGUGCCGUACCUCGACCCGUCAUUCGAGGCGCUCGUCAAGAUCCAGCUGCGCUUCUGCGCCGAGGCGUACAGCCGCAUGGCGCAGGUGCAGCAGUACCUUGACGCCGACACGAGAGAGCAGUACGCGCAGGGACAACUGGACCAGCGGGUCGAGCAGGUGUUGCAGGAGAUUCGGGAGCUGAGCAUCAGCGGCACGGUAUGA